CAGCUCAAUUAAAUUCCAAUCCUGUCCAUAUAGAGUGAGAGGAACUUGGCUAAGCCCGGAGCUAAAGGAGAGACGGAUUUGGUAUGCAAUUCCAGAUUGCUUAAUAAAGCCCUGAUAGGUAUUGCAAAGAUGAAACAUCAGGAAUAUCCUUUGGCUUAAGCAAGCAGCCGAACAAGUCAUUCCAGCUCACUGAGCAACCAGAACACCCAGAUGCUGGUGAAAUGCUAAUUAUUUUAUUUUUCAACACCUUUGCAAUGAAAUCCAAACUCCGAUGCUUGUUGGAAGCGAGACAGACAGGAGAGGAACGUGAUUUCCAAGAUCUCCAUCCCUGGCACCCAUGACUCCAUGAGCCUGUUUGGGGGCUCCAAGAUCCUCUGCCAGAGCUGGCCGCUUAAGGCUCAGCUCACUGCUGGCAUUCGCUUCCUGGAUAUCCGCUGUAAGCUAGAAGGUGGCCAUUUCCUGAUCUACCAUGUCAAUACUUUCCAGGAGGCCACUUUUUCAGAUGUCCUGAAAGAUACCUUGAGCUUCCUCAAGGAGCACCCACGGGAGACAGUGCUCAUGAGGGUCAUAGAAGAGCUCCCAAUCAUUCCCAAGGCAGAUUUUGCGCCCCGUUUGAGACGUUAUCUGGAUGAAGAAGGCCAGGGCCAGGUUUGGGCAAAAGAGGCCAUUCCCACUUUAGGCCAGGCCCGGGGGAAGGUUGUCAUCUUGGAGGAAUUAGAGAAUGAGGUGCUGGGAGUGCCAUACGAGGAGCUGAGCGUCGGCGAUGCUUGGCAUGUUCUCUGUCCAGAGUACAAAUGGGACCAGGUUAAGGAGCACCUUGGCACGGCAAACACCGGGGACCCAGCUAUCUUGCACCUCACCUUUUGCUCUGGUAACGGGCUCUUCACCAACCCGGAAGAACUGGCCAAAGACAUCAACCAGCGCUGUUAUCAAUAUUUGAAGGCUCAGGCCAGGCCAGCAGUGCGCUGGGGUGUGGUGAUCAUGGAUUUUCCUGGCAUGGGACUGAUCCGGAUCAUUGUGGGAAGUAACUUUGAAGCAGGGAGUGGCUGCACAUCCACUGAGAGUUUGUGAUUCUGGUAGGACUAUGAAUCCAUUCUGGCGUUCAGUCAGAACCAGCCAGAAUUCUAAAGGAGCUAUCCAAGGUGAUGAGGCUAGUUGGGGGUUAAGGUUCAGCACCUAGGACAACACCGUUAGAGUUCUGGCUGGUUCUGAUUGAAAGCCAGAAUGGAUUCACAGCCACAUUGAAAUUGGAGCCACCAGCUUCCACAGGAGGACCCUCUCCAUAAUCACAGCUAAGUGGUGUGUGUGUGUGUG